CAACUUAAUAAAAUUACUAAAUAAUUAAUGUGAAAAAUAUGGCCGAUGAGUUAUCAGAAAUAUUGCGAGCUGCCGACAAGCAUCCAAACUCACGAGUUUCUAAACUUAUACGCACGGUACAGGAAGAGCCCUGUCAAAAGAAUAUCGUUUUGUUACUUGUCGAUUUGGCGGAACAUGCUGAAUAUUCUAUAGACUUUGCUAUAUCGUUAAAAUAUUAUUUGAACUUAUUUGAAGAAAUGGGUUUAAAUCAUGAUAUGAUUUUAAAUGAAGCUGGACUUCUAUUGAUACACUCAUCAAAAAUCUACGCUAAACGUGUUGAUCAUGUAUUUGCUUUAGUGGAGAGGCAAAUUCUGUCUUUAAGUAAAGCCGAUCAAGAAAUGGAGAAAAAAAAAAAGCGACAAGAAGAAGAAGAAUCUCCAAGUAAUGAAACAUCAAAUGAAAAAGAUACUGGUUUAGAGCGUAAACGUGGCGGUCGUAAACGUGCUCUCGACGAUAAUCUCGAUCCUUAUGAAAUAGAAUUAAUUCCGAAAAAGAUUCGGAUAUUGAAUGCUGAUAAACGUUUCAAUUUAUCACAAAAAAACGUAUCAACAACAACAACAACAUUAACAAAAGUUAAUAAAACGUCACAUUCUCGUUUAGAGAAUGAUCAAUAUUUGCAUCCAGCUUGUUGGCUAUACGGCACCAUUUAUGAUUUAGAAAAUGAAGAAGAAUUCGAUAGUAAACGCAAUUAUAAAUUGUUUACGUAUCAUAUAGAGCAUCGUUACAAUACUUUAGUGCCGGAUAUAAAUUUUCGUUUGCAUUUUAAGGUAAAAGAUUUUUUAGAGGCUGAAGCGGAUCAACGCGUAGAACUGGGUAACGAAGAAGGCCGCAUUUGGCCGCCAUUAUCGCAGGCUUAUGUACAACAAUAUAUCGAUUUGGAAAAUCAUAUUUUAAAUAAAGAAAAACCAGUACAAACUUCACAAUCAAGUACAAAUUUUGAGGUUAGAAACCGUGACAAAGAAAGUGCAAUUAUAACAUCGGAAACGCUAUUAACAGCAGAUGCAGAUGCGACAGCAGAAGCGUCAGCGUCAUCUGAUGCAAAUUCUUUAAUUAAUGUAAAUGAAAGUGAAAAUCAUGACUUGUCAUCUAUAGAGAAUUCCGGCAAUAACAACAACACUAGUCAAAUAUCUGAGACAUUAAAUGAAUUUUGUGAACUUUCAACAACAGAAAAUGCAACACCCAAUGAUACCCAAAACUCUAGCCUUAAUAAAACUUUAAAUAAUACAUUGGAAAGUACAAUCGAUAACGGAAACCUUCAAGAAACCGAACACACAUUAAAUGAAAGUUCAAAUCUUAUGGAGAAUGAAAGUCAAAAUCAAUUAACAGAGAGCCAAAAUGAAACCGGUCCACAGGAUAAUAACACAGCAACCGAAGAAAGCCAAAGUCAAAGUCAUUCAGUCGAGGCUAGUGACGUGGAAAAGAAUCAAACUGCAAAUGGUCCCGAAGAUAAUAGCAUAGUUGCAAGUAGUGAUGCUUCAAAGAGUGUUGAGUCGGAAAUGCAAGAUAAAAAAUUAAUGGAAUCUCAACCAAUGGAAAAUGAUGAUUGCAAAAUCAAUCUGAAUGAAAUACGUAUACACCUGCCACAUCAUGAUGACGAAGGAGUUUAUUUUUCCGAUUUGGAUGAAAAUGAACAGAGAAUGUUAUCACCUAAAGUCAUAGCUACAGAUAUAUUGCCCCUCAUACCCAACAAAGAAAACAUAACCAUUGUCAUAGAUGCUGAAAUACGAUCUUUAUUGAACCUAGGCGAUGAUCAUGAUCAAUCGGAGGGGGCUAUUCAUCUGCCCAUUACCGUAAAACCGAACGAACCGGAAUUGCAUUUUAAUAUUUUUCAAAUUCCUGAAAAAUAUUUCAAAAAAAAGGUCUUAUUUAAAUUGGGCACAGAAAUGGAUUUAUAUAUGAAAGCGCGCCUUUUGAAACGGGCCCGUGGCGUUCAAGAGACCUGCAAUUUGCGAUUAUACCGUCAGUUAAAAUUAUUCCCUUUAAAUAAUACCGAUAUCUCAGAUAUUUACUUAACACCGAUGCAAAGUCCGGCACAAUCUGAUUUCUUGGGUUUUACCGAUAAUGAAGAUUUUUGUAGAAUGUCGGUGCAAAGUCCAGCACUGUCGGAUUUUUUGGGUUUUACCGAUAAGGAAGAUGAAACGAAUCAAGAACGUCGUUUAACUCUAGACUCAGGUGUGGAUGUUGUUACUGCUGGCAAUGGCAACCAAAAAAAAACACACAAUAAUGGCGAAUGUGAAGAUAAUGGUAAUAAAGUAAGUGGAGAUAAGGAAAAUCCCGCAGAUUUAAAUGCAUCAGAAAUAGUACAAAAUCUAACAACGACAGAUAAUGAAAACUCCGAGCGAACUCUAACUGCUGAGAAUGAAAGCCAAGAAGAAAACUUACAAUCCCAAAUGACUUUAAAUGCCACGCAUCUAAGGAAUACAGAGUUGGAAAAUAGCGAUUAUGUUGACGAUAACACGGAAUUAACUAACAUGCUUCCAAACGACGAUGACUUUAGAGACAUAGAAAUUCAAAGCAAUAAAACUAAGAUUCAACAGUGGCAUGAUAAUUUACGCCCCAUACUUGCCAAAUCCCGUGAUCGUCAUCAUUUCGAUGUAUUUCAAUUGGGUACGGAAAUCAUUGAAACAAUUCAAUCGCAUUCUCAUUCACGACGAGACGAGAAUGAAACACUCGAAAACUGCGAUAGUAAUUAUCGUUCAUCGUCGUGUACAUCUACUACAUUUAUGGAUAUUAUGAGAGAAAAGGACAAAUCAUAUGUUUCGAGAUAUUUUUUAUCGACUUUAUUGCUGGUCAAUCAAAAUAACAUCGAAUUGUCCUUAAAGCAAAAGAGUAGUGAAAAACCCACUGAUUGGAAUGAUUUGCAUAUGAAGUUAAAAAGCACUAAACGUUAUACGGUGGCGAUUGAAGACAAUAUUGGUCUGAUAACGACGACAGUUAAUACAAAUGUUAACGUAUCGCCAAACAAUACAGAAAAUCAAACGCCCGCCCUCGACACUGAAACGAAUAACAAAGAAAGUCGCGAAAGAAAGGCGCAAAAGCGAAGUAGCCUUAGUACGGGAGAUAAAUUGUCCUAUAGUAAAAUGAGAAUUUUACAAAGAUUGGAGAAAGAAAGAACAGAGCAGGAAUUGAAUUCAAAUUCAAUAAAUGAUGAUGAUUUUGCUGACCACUUUAAGGAGCCUUCGCAAGCAACCCAACUAAAAGGGGUAAAUGCUUUAAUCACAUCGACGCCUUUAAAUGCUAAACGAAAAGCAUACUUUCAAUCGGAUGAAGUGCAAACACCCAAACAGCAGGCUUUAAGUAAAGAUCGUUUAUCGGAAACGAUAUUGUUAACAUCAUCACGUCCACAUAUUAAUCGUAGAUCUUCUACAAAUUCCAAAAUUUCUGCCUUAAAAACAAAAACUACACCCGCUCAAAAUUCAAAAUGUGAUAACAGUUGCAAUAUUACUUCACCACCUAAUCGUGAGAUCAAUUUAAAUACUUCUUCGCAAAGUUCCGAUCAACCCACUACAAGUCUGCAAGCGAAACGAAUGGAAACGUUGCAAUAUAAUUGCAAUGCGGUAAUGAGAUCAUCGCCUCUUUUACUAUUAAAUUCAAUAAAACCAUUAAAACCGAUACAAAAAGCGCCGCAGCAAAGUGACGAUUAUGAUUCCGGUAUAUAUUCGAAUGAUGAUUAUUUAAUCCCUGUAUUACCCACCACAAUAUCCUAGCGAAAGCAUGACAAUUUUAAUUUUAAUUUCGAUAUUUAAGUGAUACAGUAUUGAAUUUAUUUAAAAAAAA